AUGGCGGGGUUAAGUCAGGGAAGGUCAUAUCGUAGGCAAUUGUUUGAUGAGAUAUUUGAUUUUAGUGAAGAUGAUAGUUUGUUCACUGAAGAUGUGGAGGAAGAUGAAUCAGCUGGUGAUCAAGAUAUGAACGAAGGAGGCAUUAGAGCAGUAGCAAACACUAAUGCUAUUGAAGAAGGUCCUCUAACAGGGAUGUUAUUUCCUUGUAUCAGCACUAUGUUCAACUUCUAUAAAGAACAUGCUAGAUUGAAAGGUUUUAGUGUUUUCAAAAGAUCAGCAGUUAAUGUACGGGGUGGAUCUCGCAAAUAUCAAACAAUUAGUUGCGAUAAAGGAAGGAAAGCAAUUGGUGCGAAAUCAUCAAAAAGGAUAAAUUGUCCUGCAAAGAUUAAUGCAAUCCUAAGAGAAAAUGGAAUGUGGCGAUUUCAAAAUGUCACCGAAUAUGGAUAUGAAGAGGAGAUUGGAGGCAAACGAUAUAGCCGCAUAAGACCCGCAAAAAGCAUUAGGUUGCUUGAAGUUCAAGCAGGUGGACCAGAAAAUUUAAGCUGUUUGUCAAAGGAUUGUCGAAACUUCAUUGAGCGAAAGAGGAGGCUACGACUUGGUGAUGGUGAUGCUGAGGCUAUACGUAAGUUGUUUGUGAGAAUGCAACGAAACGAUCCUGAGUUUUUCUAUUCAUUUGAUCUUGAUGAUGAUUCCAGGCUUUCAAAUGUUCUAUGGGUUCAUCCUCGUAGUCGAGCUGCUUACGAGGAAUUCAAUGAUGUUGUUAGUUUUGACACUACUUACCUUGUUAAUCGAUACAAGUUGCCAUUUGCCACCAUUGUUGGAGUAAAUCAUCAUGGGCAAUCUAUUUUAUUAGGAUGCGCCUUGAUCUCACAUGAAGAUGUAAACACUUUUAAGUGGUUGUUCAUGACGUGGCUUGAAGCAAUGGAAGAUGUUCAUCCUAAUUCUAUUCUUACAGAUCAAUGCGAGAGCAUGAGGAAAGCCAUUAGGGAGGUAAUGCCUAAUACUAGACACAGAUUUUGCUUGUGGCAUAUAUUAUGCAAGGUACCUGAGAAGUUUAAGGGUGUUACUGAUUAUGAUAGUGCAUGCCUUGAGUUUAAAGCUGUAAUAUAUGAUAGCUUAACCAUCGAGAUGUUUGAGAGAAAUUGGAAUGAGUUUGUGGUGAAGCAUGGGUUGGAAAGAAAUGAAUGGCUUUCCAAACUAUAUGUUGAUAGGGAGUAUUGGUAUGAGAUUGCUAUGUGUGACAAGAAUGAAAAGGAGUUCUAUGCUGAUUUCAAAUCAAAAAACACAGUUCCAACUGAAAAGGGAAGGCGUGAAGCAGAUAAUGAGCCAGGAAUUGAGAGACAUAAAAUUAUGGAGAAAUCCAUAAUCAACAACUGGUUUCAUAGGGAGUUUGUUUAUGAUGUAGAGUAA